ACACACGCGCACACAAAUACCCUCACCUCCCUCCCGCCACCUCUCCCCGCCGCCACCACCACCAAAUUCACCUCACUCUGUUUUUGCCUGAAUUCAUUUCCAGCAAUUAAUUCGCCCGCAUAACUUUGCUUGUAUUCCCAAGUAAGGAAGGAGAUGGGGGAGAGUGAUGGCAGCAUUACUGAUCAAUUCGAUAGCCACAACGACGUCGUUGUCGGCGCCCCCUCCAAGUCGCCGUGGAAGACCCCUGCCGCUGUUUCUCCAGCUGCGGCCUCUGAUUCUGAGUCCUGGCCCGCGCUUGGCGACGCGCAGCAGCGCCCCAAGUGCAACGGGGUUAUCGAUUUCAACUCCGCCAAGUCUCCGCCAGCUCAACCACACGCUGAUGUUAAUGGUGGUGAACCUCCGCUUAUGCAGCCGGCUCCAGAGCAGCAGAAGUUCCAUGGACGAGGUAAUAUCAGAUCCCCCCGGAAGCCCACUUAUCAACAUAAAACUGGUCCCAAGCACCAUGGCCCAAAUGGUGCAUCUCCAUUACCUGUGCCCUUACCCAUUUAUUCACCACUUUUUCAUGCUAUGGUUCCCAUUCCCCCUAAUUCAGCUCCUGGUUACCCUUAUCCAUUUCCUCCUGGAGGUUUUCCCAGAGUUGAUGGUCGUUUGGUAAAGCCUGGUGGUGAUGCUACUUCUAAACCCUUUGUUCCUCCAGCGAAUGGGGGCAUCCAGUCUUCACCACAUGCUAAUUCUAAUGCUCAUGAUUCCAAUUCUGUUGAAAGAAAGCCUAAUGUAAAAGAACAGGAUGGCCAAAUGAAUCCUUCGUGGAAUAAUCAAAGGCCAGCUGGUUUUAACAACAACAACUUCCAUUUGCAACAAACGAUGGUUCCGAGACCUUUCAUAAGACCUCCAUUCCUUGUCCCUGCAGGCUUCAUUGAUGGAGCAAACUUCCAAGGUCCUCCAGGAACUGUAUAUUAUUUUCCUGCCCUCCUUCGGGCGCUGUGAGAGUACCGUACCCUCCAGUUUUUGUUCCACAUCCUUCGAGC